CACACAUUGCCCAACGAAAAUGCAAUCAGUUGGUACCCCUAGCACCUAACACAACAAUUGACAAUUGAUCAGACGCUGGACAUAUGGUUUUGAGUGGGCGACGGAAAAUUACUUUAUUUUAUCAGAUUACAAAGAAAAUUCCGUGGAAGUGUGUAAUUGCUUGUUGGUCAAAAACAGCGUAAAUGAGAUAAGCACAUUAAAGCAGAUACCUCAUUUACAGAGAUUAAGCACCUCAACAGACUUCUUUUUCCAUUGUUCCACAUUCCACAAAGGUGACAACAUACGCAUUGAUUUGAUACAUACAUUGUUCUCUCGUUGGGUUUACAAUUACACUUGUCAGUCCAUUCCUUGAGCUACUCUUGUUUAGUAAUCUUAUUAAAACGCUGUACAUAAAGCAAAAUGCCAGAAAAUUUGCAAUACAUGAAACACGCUUCUGGCAAGUUGAAGCUGAUCUCAAUUUUGCUCACACUUCCGACCCUGGUUCUUGCCUACUGCAGUCAUUUUUUGUCAAACUAUACCAGCAAUAGAGACAAGUAUCGAGAGGAUUUUACCAAUAAUGAAGUCCGGUCUUUGUGGAGAGAAUGGGUAUUUCUUGCCGUCACUGGAAUUACUAUGGUGGCAUCGACAGCCAAUUUUAUUGGGCAUCUUUAUAGCCAGAAAUUGUACUUGAAUCGGAAGACGGCUUACGUUGACUUCUUCUAUCAAUAUGCGGCCGGAUUAUGCAUGCCAGUCUCGGGAGUUUUGUACGUAAUUUCUGCCGUGAAGCUGUACGAAAUUAAUUGCACGCGUGAGAAUGAUUGUCAGCAGUUUGAAGUUAAAUUGGGUGCAGGGGGAAUGGCACUCAUCAGCGGAUUUAUCUUUGCGACCUUGGGCUCGGUUGUGCUAACGAAUCGCGAAGAGGUUCAAAGAGGCAUCCAGUAAAAACAAGAGUGGGAUUCCGAACAAAUGUUGAAGACAACAUGAAAACCUCACAAAAUAAAUUUUUAUUAUGAAGAUUACAAAUGCUAAUGUAAACUUACAUUUUCCAAACUUAUUCAUCUUUGAUAUACAAUUUAUACUAAUAAUAACUGCUAAGUUUGAGUUUUAUAUUUCCAUGAAUGGCUAAUAUAUAGAUUAACAAUGAAAAAUAACUGGGAUUUUGUUUUCUUGAAUGAAGGCUUCAACCCAUUUCCAUGUAGCUUCUUUGAACUUCAAACGUUAAAAUGACAUAAAUUAAUUUAUGCUGCAUGCUUAAAUAAAACCGAAUUAAGCUCUUAAUUAUUGUCAGACUUA